GCCAGAGGCGGUGCCAGAGGCGGUGCCAGAGGCGGUGCCGCCCCGUGAGCGCCCCCCCCGCCCCGCUGACGUGGCGCUGCCGCUCCCUGCGCCUGCGCGCGCGUUGGUUCCGGCGCGGGCAGGAUGGUGCUGCUGGAGAGCGAGCAGUUCCUGACGGAGCUUACCAGGCUGUUCCAAAAGUGCAGAACUUCCGGGAGUGUUUUCAUAACGCUGAAGAAAUAUGAUGGCCGAACAAAACCAGUCCCACGCAAAGGCCAUGUAGAAAGUUUUGAACCAGCAGACAAUAAGUGUCUUCUAAGGGCAACUGAUGGAAAGAAGAAAAUUAGCACAGUGGUGAGCUCAAAGGAAGUAAAUAAAUUCCAGAUGGCAUAUUCAAAUCUGCUGAGGGCUAACAUGGAUGGCUUGAAGAAAAAAGACAAGAAAAGCAAAACCAAGAAAAGUAAAGCAACACAGUGAUGGAACAGUGUCCUACCAUCACCAUAACAGACUUGACCCUCACUCAAAGCAAAGUCCAUUUCUUUUUGAGUUACCACUUGUCUUUGGCUUUCCUUCCAGCAGGAUACUGGGAUAUGAUCAGUACUUUUGUUUAAACUGACAGCAGAGGUGCUUUCUUUGGAUUGUGGUGUGGCAGGAGUAUGUACAGUGUUAUACUAAAAUAGUUUUAGACUCAGAAGUUUUGUACUUAUACUGCUGCUGUUUGUAAAACCUGUUUGGGGGGUAACACAGGGUGAAGAGAAAUGCACCAUACCAGAAACAAAAUAAGACUGGAGGAGGAGCCCCAGUGACAGAUGCCUAGUUUUAUACAUGAGCCUCAGUAAUAACAGGGAAAGCAGGUGCCAACAUAUUAUCAGGAACAGCUGCUUUUCUGUUUGUGUGUCUUAAUCUGAGGGACAUGUCUACAUGAUGUAGUGUGGAUAUCCUUAAGGCAGCCAGCACAGUGCUCGAGCUCUUGUAGAGCCAGGCAGCUGUGCCUUCACUCCAUGCUGAUCCAGCUGUGCUGUCCCUGGGUGGGGGGAGGGUAGGACUUUGCAUCAUGUUCCCUUCAGACAUGGCUUAAAAAUGCUCAUGUCAUCUAAACUUUUAUUUUUUUUUAAACUUCAUCCUUCAAUAUAUUUGGGGAUCUGAAUUUUCCUUCCUUCAUAUGAGCAGAUGUAAAAAUACUUAAUUGUUCCUAUUAAACAUAAUGAAAAAUGG